UCAGUGCGUCGCCCUGCCUGCCCAAUCAAAAUCUGUUGGACUGCAUACCUCCCCUGGUGAAUCAGGCCCAGAAUGACGUGCUGCUGGCUCUUCCCACGUUAUCGGAGGUUCACCACGUGGUCCUCUCCAUGCCCAAGGACGGUGACCCGGGGUCGAAUGGUUUUCCUAGGAGUUUUUACGCCUGGGAGGUGGUGGGACAGGACAUUCAUAAGGCUGUCACGUUCUUCUUCCAAGGUGGAAACCUCCACAGGGCCGUUACUUCAUCGGUUAUUUGCUUGAUCCCUAAGUCGAACUCCCCCAAACGGUUCUUGAAUUUUCGUCCAAUCAGUCUCUGCAAUUGUCUAUACAAGAUCUUCUCUAAAAUCAUCGCUAUAAGGUUGAGUCAGGUUCUCCCGCUACUGAUUUCUUCGAAGCAAGGGGCGUUCAUCUAGGGCCGUUCGAUCUCAGAAAACAUCGCUCUAGCGUAAGAAUUGUUUAGGGAAUUAAACCGAAAAGUCCGUGGUGGAAAUCUCAUCCUAAAGCUUGAUUUGGACAAAGCAUAUGACAGCGUAAAUUGGCAAUUCCUAGUCCAAGUUCUGUUGCGGUUUGGUUUUAGCCAAUCUUGGAUAAAUUUGGUUGAAAAAUGCUGGGCCAACAGCUGGUUUUCGGUCCUUAUCAAUGGGGAGAUGGUUGGUUUCUUUAAAUCUUUUAGGGGUUUGCGGCAGGGCGACCCCAUCUCUCCAGGCUUAUUCAUUCUCUUUGCCGAGGUGCUGAGUAGGGGCUUUAAGGCUCUCAUAUCUCACAAUAUUUGUCAUCCAUUUACGCUCAGCCGAGGGUGCCCAAUCAUUUCUCACCUUCUCUAUGCGGACGGCACCCUCCUCUUAACCAAUGGGAGUAAGGAUUUGUUACUACCUACCAAACGUUUCCUUGACUCCUUUCAGGCGUCCUCGGGCCAAUGUAUUAGUCUCAGCAAGAGCUCCUUCUUCUACUCCAAGAGGAUCCCGCCCUCCAGAGUUAGAUCCAUUGAAUCAAUUCUGGGCUUUGGAAAAUCGGUUGCAUCUUUCUCCUAUCUUGGCAUCCCUUUGGCUGAGGGUAGAAUGAAAUCUAGUGCAUUUAAACCACUAGUUGACAGAGUUGUGGGUCGCAUAAAUGGGUGGCAGGCCAGAAUCCUCUCCCAAGCGGGCAGGGCGGUCCUAGUAAAACACAUUUUAUGCGCCAUCCCUGUUCAUUCAUUGGCGGCGAUCCAUCUUCCGUCUCAAGUGCUAGCAUUGCUUGAGAGACAUUUGGCUAACUUUUUCUGGGGUUGGUCUAAUGGCAAGAGGAAAUUGCACUGGGUUAAAUAGAAAUGGAUUGCCUUGGCUAAAGAGGAAGGUGGAAUUGGUAUCAGGAAGUUUUCUGAGGUUAUGGAGGUGUUUCGUUUAAGGAUGGCUUGGACAAUAAGAUUUAGGAGAGAGGACAGCAUUUGAAAAUCCUUUAUGUCAGCAAAAUACUCCCAGUCCUGCCUUCUCAGCAGCCCAAUAGGGCGAUGCGUCUUGCCUCCCCGCUCUAAAAAAGAAUUUUGGAUCAACUCCCUCUCCUCGACUCUCAUGAUCAGUGGAAAAUCGGAUUGGGUAACUGUAAUAUUU